CCUUUUGCGAUGCAUUGUGGCGCCACUGUGCGGUGGCCACGAGAAACGAUUUGGCAGGCGUCGCUCUCGCCGCGACAGACAGCCGCCGCACGCGAGACACGUGUGCAAGCAAGCAGCGUGUGAGUGAAAACCGCAACAACGUGUGCGCACAGUUUGUCGCCGUCCGCUAGCCAUGGAGCCCGCUUGUGACUGCUUUGUACCUGGAGGUUUCUUCAGCGUGACGAACGGCUGGAAAAAGCGCUUCGGUAACGUCAAAAUACCCACGGAAGCGCAGCUCGAAAAACACAUGGUGUCGAGCGGAGCGCGCUUCGCGCGACAGCAAAUGAAAGGAACGAUGUUCCAAGAAGAAGGAUACGUGCGCAGCGUCAUGUACAACGACGUGUCAGCAGAAUCCACGUGCGGACUUUUGCGUAGUAUCUGCCUACCGUCAAUGAAAGGCGGCUAUUACAUCGUGCACGCCGCGAUUUCCAAGGCGUCGGGCUCCAUCCUGGCUGGUCAUUGCCUCUGCCCCGCAGGCCUGAGCGGCACAUGCCAACAUUUUGUUGGGUUAAUCCUUCAUGCCAUUCACUUGGCGCAAAAGGAUGCGGCAACGUGCACGGAAGUUCCAUGUGCUUGGAUUGUUCCUGCCCAAGUCAAAAAGCAUGAGCCACCUCUGCCUCUGCAAGACAUCACUUUUCACACAAGGAAACAUGAAGGUGCGAAAAGGCGGCGGUUUGAUCCACUGCCAGGGCUCUCACCGAGUGACCCAUCUCUGCUUGCUGCCGAUCUCGAAAAGGUGGCAGCAAACUGCCUGCUUCUCCGUUAUAUGAGCAAAGAAAACUCAGGAGAAUCACUUGAUGAACACAACCCCAGUGAAGUGGCACCAGAAGCUUCAGACACUCCACUGGUCCCAGACAUUGAAGACAUCCACAGUGAGACCUGUCAAAGACUCAUACAAGAGAGGUUUGAUGCUAUACAGGCCCUCUCGGUGGACAGCAGAGCAGUUGUUCUCGAGUCAACGAUUGGACAGGCCGCAAAUCCAACCUGGCACAUGGAGCGGAUUGGUCGGCUAACUGUUUAAAAGAAUUGUGUGGUGUUUGUGUAGCUCUGCGAACAUUAGUUGCAUGUUUUGUGCUAACUGUUGCAGCGUUAACGAAUGAGUGCUGGAGGCGGUACUUUGUUGCAGUGAUGUUUGUGGUGGUGAUUUGGAAGUGUGGUCCGCAAUUUGUAUGGGUUGCUGUGAUGUGCUGUUGUUUGCCGUGCGCUUAAAAGCUUCAAACUCGGCUCGUAGCUCGGCUAAACUGUUUCGAAGUAUUUUGUUUUCUAUGGCAAAAUGAAAAGAAAUAGCAUGGCCUAAGCAAAUUGUGUAGCAUUGGUGAUAACUAUAGCCGUUAUGUCUAUAGACAUAACAAAAUAAAUGUGCAGUGUACAUGGAAGAUAACUGAAAAAGCAGUAUCAUUUAUUUAGAGAUGGAAAAUACAAAUUUCCUCAGAAGGUAGCACAGUAGACAGCGUCGUCGUAAGUACACGUGAUAUAGUAUGAGAGUACACUGUUGUUACACAGUCUGGUCUCUUCUGGUCAUAAGCAUGGUAAAGGAGGCUCAUUUGAAGUAGAGAUGUGCGAGCUGGCUACUUGUUCUCAUUAUUGAUUGAAAUGAUUGGCUGUAGAAAAUUGCACAAAAAGGCGCAAGUCCUAAAAAUGCUGUCAAUAAUGUCGAGCAUGUUGAUUGGCAGUGGUUUGUCUAAAAAAUAAUUCUUUGAUACGUCUUAUGACUCGCUCAGCAUGGAUCCUAGCGCCAGCUAUUUUUCGGGUGGCAAUCACGUCACUAGCUGACAAUUGGUUCCCCAUUUUAAAUGGUGGCAUGUGGAUUUGAAUAGAUGGUGGGAAAACGCCCUCCAACCUAAAGCCUUUGUCGACCAUCACACCGUCCCCCGCAUCUAAUAAACCCAGUAGGCCCGAUUUUUCGACAACUUCGCUAUCACUAACAUGCCCACCCCACAAAUCUGGCACAAAUGAAACGUAGCCAUCUGGUGUUACCCCAACAAGUGCUUUGAACGUGUUAUAAUGCUUGUACGAGGAGAAAGUAUGCCUCUGUGCCUGUAGUUUUGAAGGUCUUUGGAUUCUCACCUCUGUGCAAUCAAGGAUGACUCUAGUGUUUGAGAAGUCACUGAAUGCCAUUGGCAUGUGCCUUUUGAUCUCUGCUAAUGUGGGAAACCUUGUCAAUGCUGAGAGCUCUUUAUCGAGAAAAAUUACCCAUGUACAAAAGAUGCGACUAAGGCAUGACUGAGAAAUUCCAAAGAUUCGAGCCACUUCCUUGGCACAAACACCAGUCCUGAGCCUAUACAGCACCAUGAAAAGUUCUUCGCGCUUGGAGAGCUGUCUUUCCUUUGCUUGUGUUUUUCCUCCAUCCCAAUAAACCAUGCGUUCUGCAUUUUUUUCAAUGUG